AUGGAUUGUUUGUUAUUGGUUUUAUCAAAAAAAAAAAUGAUUCCAAAUAUACGCUACAUCGGGAAUUAUGACAUAAAUGCUGAAGGAAAAUUUCUUUGGGAGAUCCUUUGUCAGUUGCGAAAUCUUGGAGUUGGAAGGAUUGUAACAAAGAAUGAAUGGGCGAGAAAAUGGCCGAAACAACCAUCUUACCUAAAAAUUGUUCAGGCUUGUCCAAGUAUGGAUCGUUGGUUACUUCGGGGAAAACUUUGGGCAGAUUGGACUUUUAGAGGCAUUAAUUUAGGUUUAUAUGAGUUUAGUGCCGACUUGGCACGCUCAGAUUGGCGUUUAAUUCACAAGCACGAGGAAGAUGAAUUCAUAAAGUGUGACAGUCCUAUGAAACCAAUCGAGUAUCCGAAGACGAUGCCACUUCCUCCUUAUCUUCGAGCUGUAUGUGAAAACGGUGAUGUAGUAAGGAUGGAGGAAAAACGGAUAGAUUUGGAUUUAUGUUUGGACCCUCAAUUUGGCAUGAUUAAACACCUUUUCAAGAAGGUUGAAACGGCACAUGGAAAUUCUAUUUAUGAUGAAACAAGACCGGAAAUUUGGUUAGAUUUAUAUGGUGAUGAAAUGCCAACAAAAGUGGAGGCAUGGACUGUUGGUCCGGCAGAGUUACGGCCCCAUUUUGACAAUUCUGUUCCGACGCCUUGUCCUCCAGAGUUGGAUAACAUGUCAUUGCCUGAAUUUAAAUUCGAUUUCUCAGAAUUAGAAAGUGGCUUUAAUUUCAAACCAUUGGACACAGAAAUGGUGGAACCAGUUAAAAUGAUAUUGGUGACAGGUGGUGUCAUCAGUGGUGUUGGCAAAGGUAUUAUCUCAUCUAGUUUAGGUGUACUGCUUAAAGCUCAUGGUUACCGGGUUUCGUUCAUUAAAAUUGAUCCAUAUAUUAACAUCGAUGCUGGUACAUUUUCACCUUUUGAACAUGGCGAAGUAUUUGUUUUGGAUGAUGGUGGUGAAGUUGAUUUGGAUUUGGGUAACUAUGAAAGAUUUUUGAAUAUUCGUUUAACACGUGAUAACAAUAUUACAACUGGCAAGAUAUAUCAGCAGGUUAUCGAACGUGAAAGACGUGGUGAUUAUUUGGGAAAAACGGUGCAAACGAUACCACAUAUAACAAGUGCAAUCAUUGAAUGGGUUGAACGUGUUGCAGCAAUACCAGUUGAUGAUACUGAUCAGCGACCGGAAGUUUGCAUUGUUGAACUUGGAGGUACCAUUGGUGACAUCGAAAGUAUGCCUUUUGUUGCUGCUUUUGAAAAAUUCCAAAGACCUGCAUUCAAAGAUCAGCUGAUGACAGUGCAUGUUUCUGUAAUAUUGGAACCGAAAAGUACUGGUGAGCUAAAGACGAAACCAAUGCAAAAUAGCAUGCGCAAUUUACGAGCCAGUGGUCUGACUCCAGAUUUGUUGGUUUGUCGAAGUGAGCGACCAUUGAAUAAAGCAUUACGUGAAAAAAUUGCGGCGUUUGGAAUGGUUGAAUUACAACAGGUGAUUGGUGUGCAUGAUGUCUCGAAUAUUUACAAAGUACCACUUCUGCUUCAUGAGCAAAAUGUAUUAGAAAUGAUUGUCGAACGAUUAAAAUUAACAGCAGUAAAUGCUGAAGGCACGCUAAUACUAAAACCAAAUCUUUUCCAAUGGAUACACCUCUCUAAUCUUUGCGAUAGUUUUCAUGAAGAAGUUCGAAUUGCAUUAGUUGGAAAAUACGUACAAAUCCCCGAUGCAUAUGCAUCAUUGAACAAAGCUCUUCGACAUUCUGCAAUUCAUGCUAAACGACAGCUUGUUAUUUCGUAUAUUCAUUCGGAACAUCUUCAAGAAAUGAAUGAUUCAUCACAUACAACGAAUUAUAAACGUGCAUGGGAGACGAUUAAACAAUGCCAAGGUAUAGUAGUGCCGGGCGGAUUUGGUGGUCGUGGUGUUGAAGGAAAAAUUGCAGUGUGCAAGUAUGCACGAGAGAAUAAUAUUCCAUUCUUAGGAAUUUGUCUGGGUAUGCAAUGUGCUGUAAUCGAAUUUGCACGAAAUGUCUGCGGUAUCAAAGGUGCUAAUUCGACAGAAUUUGACAUGACAGUUGUCGGAGAACAACAGGUAGUAAUCGAUAUGCCAGAGCACAAAGGUAACGAGAAAGGUAUGGGUGGUACAAUGCGUCUUGGUUUAAGGGAUACAGUUUUCCUGACGGGAAACUGCAAAUUACGAAAAUUAUAUGAUGCAAGAAAAAUCAGUGAACGUCAUCGGCAUCGUUAUGAAGUUAAUCCUAGAGUUGUUUCGAAACUUAGUCGAGCUGGUCUACUGUUUGUUGGUAUGGGAGCAAAUGAGAAUGCGGCACAUAUGAAUGGGAAGGUAUCAUCAUAUGCUACACUGGUGAAAUUAACUGAAUGUGAAACUUCGAAAAUCAUGGAGGAAAACAAUACGCAAGAAAUGUACGAAAUCUCUGAGCGAGAAGUUUUGCUGUCAAAAAUUGAAGACUUAUGUGGAACUGGAAAUGAUGAAACUGAUAUAACAUCUGUACGUAUGGAGAUUUUUGAAUUGCAAGGUCAUCCAUAUUUUGUUGGUGUCCAGUUUCAUCCGGAAUAUCUGUCGCAUCCUCUAAAACCAAGUCCACCACUUUUUGGCCUAAUCUGUGCAGCUUCCGGACAACUAGAAAGUUUUCUUCGUGGUUCCAAGAUACCUACACCAGUGAACAUCUUGAAAGCAGCAGAGAAUUACGGUUCGAAUGUGACUGAAAAUGCGUUACAAGAAACACAUUUAUUUGCCAACAAACUAAAUCACAGAAUGAAACGAAGACAACAAAUUAAAAUGUUUUGGCGUCGAUUACAUGGAGAAGAUAAUAAGUUAAAAUUAUUAAUGUUUGAUGUUGAUGAUGAAGAUUUUGUGGAAAAUUUGAAUGAUUGCUUAGAAGCAUUCCAAUGUAACAUUCAUCCAAUUUUGAUUCCAUCCGGAAGUUCAGGCUCCUAUUUUGUUCGAAAUUUACAAGGCCGACAUAUUGGUGUAUUUAAACCAAAAGAUGAAGAACCAUUUGCGGAAAAUAAUCCGAAAUGGCCAAAAUUUUUACAACGAUUCCUCUGUUUUUGCUGUUACGGACGUUCAUGUUUAAUACCACUUAAUGGUUAUCUAUCUGAAGUAGCUGCUUCAUUGGUUGAUGAACGGUUUCAGCUAUACAUUGUACCAAAAACUCGUAUUGUUAAAAUGGCAUCUCCGGCAUUUUUUUAUCCACGACGAUGUUGUUCAAAAUCAGAAGUGUUUCCAAAAAUCGGAAGUUACCAGCUCUUUGUUCAUGGUUACAAACCGGCGUAUGAUGUGGUACCUGGUUGGGAGUUUAUUGGUACCAAUGAUCCACUUACAUCCCUCGAACGGAAGCGUUUCCUUGUUUUAUUUCAAAAAAUGUGUAUAUUAGAUUAUGUAAUUCGGAAUACUGAUCGGACCAUGGAUAAUUGGUUGAUACGGUAUAUACCGGAUGAAACACUUGAUAUUGCAGCUAUAGAUCAUGGCUUAGCAUUUCCUGUUAAACAUCCAGAAACUGCAACAGUUCUUCGGCCAUUUGUAUACGGCUGGGCAAAUAUGGAUAGCACGCGAGAGCCUUGGGAUGAACAAUUACGCGAUCGUUUGUUAUCUUUACUUACACCAAUGUUCGUUCAUCGUUUAUGUAUGGAAAUUAAAAAGCUCUUCAUGAUUGAUACUACCAAUAAUAGAUUUCUGAUAAAUAAUCAAUUGAAAGUAUUCCGAGGACAGUUAUGGAAUUUACGCCUUGCUCUAUUGGAAAAUGAAUCGCCGCUGAAAAUGAUUCAACGACCACUUCUUGUUGUUACUAAACGAUAUCGUAAAUAUCCGACAUCCGAUAUUUGGGAAGAGUGUUUUAAAGCUAAAACUCCAGACUAUUCGGGGAGACGGUGUUGUUAA